GAAAUAACCAAAAUUCCCUAAUGUCGUCUCCUCCGUAAUAAAAUCCCGACGCCCUGCCUGCCAAAACCCAUCCCCAUUUGGCAAAGGGCACCACCAUGGCUCGAGUCAGCAACACCCUCUUCAUCAUCGUCAACUUUAUCACCCUUAUUCUCGGCCUUGCCGCCGUCAUCUACUCCGUAUUCAUCAGGCUCCACGGCGGCACAACCUGCCAGAAAAUCUUGCAGGAACCGCUGCUGGUAAUUGGCGUUUUUGCAUCCGUUGUGUCGUAUCUCGGCUUAAUGGGCCCUUGCUGCAGGGUCAACGCCGCCAUGAUGGCUUACCUCGUGUUCGUAGCAGUGUUGAUUUUGGGGAUCAUCGCAUUCACGAUCUUCGGGCUGUUGGUGACGAAGGCUUCCGCGGCUAACAAUGUGCAGUGGGGAGGGUUCCGAGAGCACAGGAUUAAGAAUUAUUCCGGUUGGCUGCGACGGCAAGUUCUGAAUUAUAGACACUGGGCGGAAAUUGGCGGUUGCUUGGCAGAUUUCCAUAUUUGUAAUGGUUACCGUUUCAAUGCUGCCGAUUCUUGGAAGCCCUCCAGUCAUUUUUCUCGACUGCAGUCCGGAUGUUGCAAGCCGCCAUUUUAUUGUGGAUACAAGUACAAGAACGGGACGUUUUGGGAGAUGCCACGAUCAGGACCAGCGGAGCCAGACUUGGACUGCAGGAGGUGGAGCAACAACCCGCGGCGGAUGUGCUACCAUUGCAAUUCCUGUAUUAGAGGAAUGGUGCAUUACAUCAGGUUGCAGUGGUUGGCUUUGGCAGUCACAAACAUAAGCGUUCUUAUUUUGGUGGUGGUCAUAGCCAACAUAGCUUUCUCCAUGGUUCGUGUUAGCAAUUUCAUCGUGGGGGUUGUGAAUGCCUUAUCGCUUGUCCUUGGCCUCGCCGCCACAGUUGCUGGCCUGUACUUCCUCAUCCAUGGCGGUAGUACUCAAUGCCAGCAAUCUCUGACUGAACCGUUACUGAUAACCGGGGCACUCGUGUUCCUGUUUUCGAUUAUGGGGUUGGUCGGGGCUUGCUGUAAGAACAACUUCGUGAUGUUUGUCUACUUGACGGUGAUGCUGAUUCUGUUAGUGGGGAUCAUCGGUUUCACCGUGUUUGUGUUCCUGGUGACGAACAAAGGCGUUGGGAAGGUGGUUUCCGAUAAAGGGUUCAAGCAGUACAGGACCGGAGAUUACGCCCACUGGUUGGAGCGGCAUUUUGUGAAUGAAAAGAAGUGGGAUCGGAUUAGGAGUUGUUUGGUGGAGUCCCAUAUCUGUAAGAGUCUUGGGAAUAAAAAUGAGCCAGAUUUUUUCAAGAUGUCUCUGACGUCCUUACAGUCGGGCUGCUGCAAACCUCCAAGUGAAUGUGGGUUUCAGUUCAAGAAUGCAACAUUCUGGGAAGUUGAGGGAUCAGGCCCUCCAUCCAACAACACUGACUGCCAGACGUGGGGCAACAAUGGGGACAAGCUCUGCUACGACUGCAACUCUUGCAAGACCGGAUUUCUGGCAAACAUCAGGAACCAAUGGAAGCAUCUGCUUUUCUUCAACAUCUGUCUCUUUAUAGUCCUUAUUCUGGUUUACUCAAUUGGCUGUUGCGCCAUGAAAAGCAAUAGGAGAGACUCUCGAAAAUACAGAGGCAUGCCCUGACCCAUCAUCGAAUGAUUGUGUUUUAUUAGAUUCAGACGUUUAUUUUCGUAGUGUGGUAUUGAUCAGGGAUUUUUGCACCAGCUUUUAUCAUUACAUUUGGAUUUGUGUUAAAUGCAUUGUUUUAUUGUAAAUCCAAUGCUGGCACUUUUGGGGCUUGCUUUAGUUUCUAUUUCGUUUCGUAUGGUCACAGAAUCUGU